GUAGUAAUAGUGGUUGAAAAAUGUACACAGCAGAGGCGCUUGACCUCAUAACAUCACUUGAGCAAAAGGAAUGCGAUGACUGCGGCAAAAAAGAAGUCGAAUGGGCGUCGGUAAAAAAGGGAACCGUGAUUUGCUCCGAAUGUUUCUGUUUUCAUAGUUAUCUUGGCCCGUCAGUGAGCUAUCUCCGUCAUCUGCGCAAGAGUGCUUGGGAUGAGGAGCAUAUUCGUCUUGUUCACGCUCUUAACACAUCUAACACCAACAUGAUAUGGGAAAGUGCUUUAUAUGAGGGAUCAACAAAGUUUCAGAAACCAAUGGCCCAAGACCCAUCUCAUAUCAAAGAACAAUUUGUGAAGGAAAAAUACGAGAAGCUGACAUUCCAACCGAAAAGAGGAAAGGAUGAAGAUUUGGAGAAUAGUUUGAAUCGACAACUCAUUGCAUGUGCUCGCAGUGAUUUUGCUCAUGUCACUUUAAGACUCAUCGCUCUCGGAGCUGAUGUAAACUAUCCUGAUCCAGAAACUGGGGACACUGCACUUCAUGUUGCAGCCCGAGAAGGCAAUUCAAAUCAAGUAGAACUUCUUUUCCUGUAUGGAGCUGACAUUAUGGCACCAAAUAGAGAAGGAAUGCUUCCAUACAUUCUUGCUAGAGAUGCGGGGCAUGGCCAACUUUCACAUCGCAUUUAUGAAUUCUUCUUCUACGUUUUUGAUCGCUUCUCAUUUUUCAUGUGCAAUCGAAAAGCAGAUCAUAAGAACAACCAGGACUUUUUCAUUCCUGAAGUCACUGAAAAACAAUUCCUGACAAAAACUAAUGAUUCGAGAGCAGCGAUCUCAGUUCUCCCGAAAGGUCAAUUCUUUGACCUAUGUGAAGAUGCGUUUGAUGAAACAGUUCGCAGAGAAAAUGAAGUCAACUGGAACAUGACAAAAUGGGCAAAAACUGCCAAAGGGCCAACAAACCUUUUCUUGCCGCCAACUCCUCAAAUGUCAGCUGCUCGCAACCAAAGAAGACAGAAACUUGCCAAAUUCACUCCAAUUCAGUUCACAAUUCUCCUGAUAGACUUAAUCAAAGACCAAAAGCGCAGAAUCACUGGAGACAAUCCAGCACCAGUAUCCGAACCACCCAAGAAUAUGCGAAAGUCAAACGACACUCCACUUAGAAUUAUGAAAAAAAGCGAAUACGCCGAUUAUGAUGAAGUAGCUGGAAUAUCAUGCAGUCCAAUUUCGGGAAUUGUUCCCAACUCUCAGGCUAAUACGUUAGAUGAAUCGAGCAGCAGAGUGUGGGACGAACUAUUGGAAAUGAAAGAAAGACUUUCAAGUACCGAAACUAUGGUUGUAACACUUACAAAGCAAAAUGAGGAGCUGACAAAGCUAGUUCAUAGCUUACAAGCCCAAAACAUCAAUCUCAACUCGGAGCUGAUCACAUUCAGAGAUGACUUGUACAAUUUGAAGAGAACAAAUAUGACAAGAAGGAUGCCAUCUCCAUUGGCUAUUGUAGAGACUCCAGAAAGAGUUAUGCCACCAGUGGGAAUUCAACAAGGUUUUUCAAGGAGAGAUAGUGAAGAUAGAAUCGAUGGUGGCGGAGCUCGGUGGAGGUCAAAUUCCAGUGACCGUAGAAACUCAAACGACCACAAACUGGACAAAAAAGUAGAAAGACGUCAGGACUCAAUGAUGGAAAGCUCGUCUUCCCUAUCACGCUCCUCACAAAACCCAUCUUGCCUCAAUAGAGAAGAGGUGAAAACUCGCGUUAUUCAACAAAGUGAAAAAAUCACGCGCCACAUUAAAACCCUGCUGCAACACGGACAUAAUGGAAACCUAGACAUGAACGCACGCGGCGGUGCACACGACAUUGCUUGCGCCAUCAAUAGUCUUAUCACUAUUUUGCUCCCGUACGUGAGACACGAGAAAAUCGAUACUUUGACGGACGCCGUGGUGCUUUUGAAUGCAAAAUGCAAUAGCCCAGUGUUGAUGCCAAUGGAUAUUGUCGACGCAGCACAAACCAUUGCUGAAAAACUUCGCCUGAUUAUCAUGGAAUUUUGUUGAUUUCUCUUCAUCCUAGAAUGCUUUUUCUUUAUUAUAUAUAUUAUAUAUCUUAAUUAUAAUUACCUGUUUUGUUAAUUAUUCAGUUGGUUUUUUUCUUGCUCAAUUUUUAUACAUUGUUUAAGCAAUAAGUGUAAUUUAAAAGUGUCUUAUUUAUUAGCAUUUAAAUGUCGAUUACCAUUUGAUUUUUUUUCUCAUUGUUGGCAUAUUUCAUGACUUUUCGCUCUCAUUGCUUCACCAAAAAUUUUCGUCUCGUCUUGAACAAAAACUGAAACAUAAUAAACUUAAUGAAAA